UUUUGCUGCGCGUAUUCAGUCUAAAAAUGGAUUUAAUUGUGUCUACAGCUGGUGGUAGUAUUCAAAGUGUUUCUGGUGUGAAUGAGAAUACAACAUGUGCUCAAAUCGUUUAUGUAUUGGCGCAUGCAAGACAACAAAAAGGCAGAUUUACAUUGAUAGCACGAUUGAAUGGAUCUGAUGAGCAUCGAUUCACGCCGGAUGAACGACCUUAUGAAUUUAUAAUGGAAUGUAAUGAACAAGGAGUUCAGCCCGAAUUUGAAUUGCUUAAAUUGGAUAUUGAAAAAGGUGAUGGAGUACAUUCAUCUAAUUUGGAGUCGUGCACACCGAAUAUGCUUUCAACAAAUUCUUCAACAACUAGUGUUGAUGCUAUGCUUUCUAAUAAUGUCGAUCAUUGUCAAAAUCGCCCGGAUCCUCCAGAUUAUAAUGUCUUGAUGGCUGGGCGUUGUAAUUCACUUCGCUGGAAUAAUAUGAACAACAGGAAAACUUAUACUCCGUUAACUUUUUUGAACAUCCCCAAUUUUUGUCUACACGAUUUAUAUACUCAUAAAUUUACUUGGAAUGAUUUGGAGGCUUUGAUCGAUAUUCAAGAGAGAACACUCGCUGCACAAAAAACAGAAUUGGUACGAGUUGAAUUGACAUUGCUUGAUUCAAAAGAACGUGAAUUAAUUCAGCUGAGGAAGCAGCACAAUAAUUUGCAAUCUGUUCUCGAAUCUCUUCGUAAUGCUGAAUGGCCUAAAUGUGUAGAGACUGAAAGCGCGGAGGCUGAACGUCUGAAUACAACGAUUGCAGCUAUGCGUACAGCUGUCGCUGAAAAGAAUAGGGAAUUGGUUGAGGCAUUGAAUUUACAACAAACAUUGGAACGUCAACUGGCAAGUGAACAAAGCCGUGCUGCAAAAGUUGAAGAAAUACAUUCUGUUUUAGAACAUGAGGAUUAA